UAUUUACUGGUCCGGACUAACAAUUUGGUUGUCCCGGACAGUCGGACUACCUUUAAUGACCUCCUGUUUCCAAAUCAGGCAGACACUCUACCACGUCCUCAUAAAGGCUAGCUCCUUAUACAGAACCCUGCUACAUUCACAUAACGAUGUCCCACUCUGGUUCCCGAGCAGAUGGUCCCCUGCACAUGGUGACUCCCACAAUCAGAAGCUUCCCGAUAAGUGCCCAUGCAGGAUAUGACGUUUUCCUCAAGCUGGACAAUCUCCAGAUCCCAGGGUCCUUUAAGAUAAGAGGGAUCGGAAACCUGAUGAAAAAAGCAUCCCAGCAGGGCUGUAAGAAAGUGGUUUGUGCCUCAGGGGGCAAUGCAGGCCUGGCCGCAGCUUAUGGAGCAAAGAUGAUGGGUCUACCUGCAACCAUUGUGUUACCCCAGAGUACACCAGCUUUUGUUGCAGAUAAACUUAGGAAUGAAUUUGGAGCUGAGGUGGAGAUUGUUGGGAAGGUCUGGGAUGAGAGCAAUGCAUACGCUAUCAAUUUAGCUAAACAGCCAGAUAUUUUAUAUGUGCACCCAUUUGAUCAUCCAGAUAUCUGGGAAGGACACAGUACAUUAAUAGAAGAAGCAGCUAAACAGUUACCAUGUAAACCUGACGUUGUGAUAGUGUCUGUGGGUGGUGGAGGUUUGCUCAAUGGUCUUUUCAUGGGAAUGCAGAAAGUUGGCUGGGGAAGCGUCCCUUGUGUUGCCAUGGAAACCAGAGGGGCUGAUAGUUUCAAUGCAGCUGUCAAAAACGGGAAAUUAGUGACACUCCCAGAUAUAACAAGUGUUGCAAAAUGCCUUGGGGCCUUGACAGUGUCUGCAAAAUCGCUGGAACUUGCUCAACAAUACCAAAAUAUUCAUUCUGUUGUUAUAAAUGAUGCUAAAGCUGUAGAUGCAUGUUUAAAAUUUGCAGAUGACCAUCGCUAUCUGGUUGAGCCUGCGUGUGGGGCCAGUCUGGCUGCAGUGUACGGAGACGUUAUCAAGGGCCUUCAGAAGGAGGGCAAACUCGGGGAGGUGAAAACUGCUCUGGUGGUCGUGUGUGGUGGUAGUUCAGUCACUUUGAAACAGUUGGAGACCUGGAGGGAUAUGUUUCAUCUGUAAAUUGUGUUAAGUGCUUUGAAAAUGGUCUCUUUUGGUCAUUAUUUGGCAAUUAUGUGAUAGAUAAAAUACUGCCAAGAUCAA